AUGUUCAUUCCUGGGUCCCUGCCGGCCUGGACCGACGCCAAGGGCGUCGCCGUCGCGUGGCCGGAAGCGCCGCCGUCCGAUGAUGGGGACCGCGGCUGGCGGGUCGCGCGCAGCGCGGCAACUGACGCCGAUGGGUGGAUGUACGGCACGUCGUUCGAGCGCCUGCAGUACGAUCGUCCUGGCGGCCGCGCUUCAAAGCGCGCGAGCGACAGCAUACGCAGCCGGCUGUGGCGCAAGGGGCCGCCGGGGCCGGCAGGGCAGCGCAGGCGCAGCAGCGAGGCGGACAGCCAGCCGCACCGGUCGUCGGCAAAAGCCGCCGCCGUCCGCGCCGGCGCCGCCGCCGGCCACGCAGUGUCCAACGCCGCGCACGCCGUGUCCAACGCCGCGAGCGCGGUGUCGUCCGCUGUCAAGCAGGGCGCCGCCUCCAAGGCCACGGUGUCGGCGGUGUGGGUGCAGCUGUCGGAGCUCAUAAAAAGCGCAGCAGAGCGCCACGACGCAUCCAACCUGCUGACCCUAGACUUCAGGCGCGCGCAAGCGCAUGCGGGCAUGCGGGCACGCGGGCACGCGGGCAUGCGGGAGGGCGGCUGGUUCUUCGUCAUGGGCGAGCAUUCCGACUGCAUGAAGCGGCAGCAGCUGGCGCAGCUGCGCCGCCUCGUGUGGUUUGCAAAGGAUGGCCUGCUGGGCGCGCUGGGCGAGGCCGCGGCCGCGCGGCGCAGCGAGCGGCGGCAACGGCUCCAGGAGGAGGACCGGCCGCGGCUGGUCCUGCAGGGGGCGCCGCAAGCCAGGGGCGAGGCAGGGGCGGGAUCAGGGACCGCGCGGGUCGAGGGGCAGCAGCAGGGGCACAGCGGCGGGGGCGACGCCGCCGGUGCAGGACGCGGCGCCUGCGUCAGCGGGCCGCCCCCCGCGUUUUUGGUCCUUCCCCUUGGCGGCCCCGCGGCAGCCGACGGCGGCGGCGGCGGCGGCGGCGGCAGCUGUGGCGCGCCCGGCGGCGGCGGCGCGGAGGCGGAGGCGGAAGCUGCCCUGCAGCUGCAUAUGUGCUCUGCGGAGCUGCUGGACGAGCUCGUUUUGGGCGCCACCUUCGCGCGUGCGGCGUACGGCUACGUCGUCGCGGCCGGCCACCUGUCCUCAAUGACGGGCGCGCUGAAGCUGCUAGCGACGCUGCCGCUGUUCGACCCAAUCUCGGGCACGUCAGUGCAGGCCAACAACCAGGCGCUGCUGUCGAUGACGGGACUGGCCCCCGAGGACGUUCUGAAGGCCGAGUGGUCGGCCUCGGACUUCCAGCCCUGCCACUACGUCGCCAUCGACCGCCGCAGCCGCCGCAUCGUCGUCGGGGUCAGAGGCAGCCUCGAGGUCAGCGAUCUGUACACCGACAUGACAGCGGCCCCGGUGGCGUGGGAGUUCAAUGGCGUCCGAGGUUUCGUGCACGAGGGCCUGCUGUCGGCGGCGACGUACGUGCACGCGAGCACGGCGGGCGCGCUGGAGGAGGCGGCGCAGCGGUGUCCGGGGUGGCCGGUGCUGCUGACUGGUCACUCCCUGGGCGGCGGUGUGGCCGCCCUGGUGACGCUGCUGCUGCUGCAGCCUGGGGGCGCGCCGCCAGGCAUUACCGAGGCGAGUGCAGAGGGCGAGAGCGAAGAUUGA